UGUCAUUUCAUACGUCAAACAAAUGUUAAAUGUGUCAUACUCAAACUUUACUGAUAAAUAAAGUCUAGGUGUGGUAAAAAAUUUAUUGCAAUAAUUUGCAACAAUGUCGGCUACCUUAAAACCUUAUUUAACUGCCGUACGCCACACAUUAACUUCAGCUAUGUGUCUCGAACAUUUUUCAUCGCAAGUUGUUGAAAGAUACAACAAGCCUGAAGUCGAAGUACGGACAAGCGAAGAGCUGUUAUUAAAUCCAGUGAUAAUAUCACGGAAUGCGAAUGAGAAAGUAUUAAUUGAGUCAUCGAUAAACUCUAUAAGAGUCAGCAUUAUGAUCAAGCAAGCAGAUGAAAUAGAGAAAAUUCUGUGUAAAAAGUUUAUGAGGUUCAUGAUGAUGCGAGCGGAAAAUUUUAUCGUUCUCCGCCGGAAACCGGUGGAUGGAUAUCAUAUCAGCUUCCUGAUUACAAACUUCCAUACCGAACAAAUGUAUAAACAUAAGCUGGUCGAUUUUGUCAUAUAUUUUAUGGAGGAGAUUGAUAAAGAGAUUAGUGAAAUGAAACUUGCUGUAAAUGCUAGAGCUAGAAUUUGUUCAGAAGAAUUUUUAAAGAGAUUUUAAGUGUUUCCAAAACUUAGCUAUUGUGGAAGUGACUAUCCUGUAUUGUUUUACAACUAAUAAUACUUAAAA